AAAUCUACCCCUCCCUCCCACCCUCUCUAAACCCGAAAACUCUCUCUUUACUCUCUAGUGGAGGACAGACAGAACGUAAGAGAAACAAACCUUAUUCGGAAUCUCUAAAAGACAAAAAAUAAAAAAGAAGAAGAAGGAAGACACAAUUUAAAGAAGCAUCAUGUCUUUAACGAGCGUGAAGAUGACAGAGGAAGUCUGGUUAACAUGUCUUACCCAUGCGUUGUCUACCGAGACUGAAGAAAUCCUUGGCCUCCUCCUUGGUGAUAUUGAGUAUGCGAAAGAUGGCAAUGUUACUGCAUUAAUAUGGGGAGCCUCACCUCAGUCAAGAUCUGAUAGGAGAAAGGACCGGGUAGAGACAAAACCGGAACAGUUGGCUGCAGCAUCAGCUCAAGCUGAGAGAAUGACUGCAUCAACAGGACGAACAACAAGAGUGAUAGGGUGGUAUCAUUCACACCCUCAUAUUACUGUGCUUCCUUCUCAUGUUGAUGUGAGGACCCAGGCAAUGUACCAACUUCUAGAUCCUGGGUUUAUCGGCCUGAUAUUUUCCUGUUUUAAUGAGGAUGUCAAUAAGGUUGGAAGAAUCCAAGUCAUUGCUUUCCAGUCCUCAGAUGGGAAACAGAAUAACAUGUUAAGACCUGUUUCUGCAUUGCCUGUAAAUAAAAGUUCAAUAAUAGAGCUUGAUUCAUCUUCCUCAGAUAUUGCAAGUCUGGAGGGCCCUGAACUGGACACUGCUGAUUCAAGAGCUGCAGGAUCCAGUAAGGGUGGGGCAAGAUCUUUGGGUCUUGGGGAUUUCUUUGCUAAUGCUGAUGCCAACUAUGUUGGGAGAGAAAGAAUUGGAGGAAACUACUAUAGCAGCAAUUCAGGUGAUAAGAUAACUGAUAUAGACCCCAUGGACAUGUCAGAGAGUAUGCAGGAAGCUAUGCACCGCUCAAAUUUGGACAUGAGUGGUGCGGAGUAUUCCAGAAGAGAAAUUCCUCUUCAUGUUUUGCCCACAUGCUCUCUGCUUAAGCUUGAUUCACCUCUAAUGUCAUUUGGUGAUUUGCAACGUGUGUUAUAUGAAGAGGAGCGUGGAGCAUACAACCAAGCCAUCUUGCAGAAUAUGAGGAAUGGAAAAGUACAUCCCUUGACUUUCAUUCACCACACAGCAACAUAUCAGGCUUCCAUGUGCAAAUUGAUUGAAUACUGUCUAAGUCCUGCCAUAAAUGCUCUCCAGGGCCGCUUGAGAGAGAACGAUAUUCGGUUAGCAACACUUGCUGAUGAAGCCAAGAUGUUGGAGAUGGAAACCGCUAAAGGGAGUGAGUUACAGAUCUCCCCGUCAAGUUCCAGAUCUCCCCGUCAAGUUCCAUCUCCCGGACUACGAGGAAGUGCUUUGUCUGGUCAGAGGGACUUUCAUGGUUCAUCAGAAUCUUUUAGUUCGAGGACUGUUGCCAGCCCUGGCAGCCGAAGCAGAACAAGCUCCUCAUAGAGCUCAGAACUAAACCGCUUUGUAAUGCAUUUUGUAAGUGUGACUUUUGGAUGUUAAAUAUGCUGUCUUUGUUUUCGUGUUUGCAAUUUGUAAUUGAUAGAUGAUGCAAAUGCAGUUAAAAUUAUGAACUCCCGUGCUCCUUUGGCCUUCAAACCUGUAUUCAAUAGGACAUACAUUAAUUAAGAAAUGGAGAAACUAAUGUGUAAUUUUAUAGUUUAA